GUGGAGAGAUACAUUGAAGAGGACCCAGAGCUGUUGGAGUAUGAGACUGCCGAUGACUUGAACUCAACGCCUUUUCUGCUGGCCGUAACAGGGGGUAAACUAGAAUGUGUGCAAUUCCUGAUAAAAAAAGGGGCCAAAAUCGGUGCCCAGAAUUCCAAACAUCAAGGGGCCAUUGAGAUUUCACUGCUAAACAAAGAUAAAGCAAUUCUCCAGUAUUUCAUCGAUGCCAAGUUUCCUGAACUUCCUGUCUGGAAGAAAUUGUUCCAGUGUCUGCUGUCGGAUGUCAACAAAGAGGCCGCAAAAGCUGCUGAAUGUCUCGAGAUGCUAACGGAACCGUAUCGGGAGUCAAUGGAAGGGGACAACCCAAAUUGGAAUUGUCUACUUCAAGAAGGCGGCAUUAGUGCUUUGAUAAAACUGCUGCGUGGAAACAUAUGCCCCACUGUUCAAAGCCCCAUCGUACGGUCGUUGUUGAACAUGGUACAAUGUGAACAGACAGCAAGUGAAAUGGUGAAAAAAGGCGUGAUGAUAACUCUAGCAAAGCUCCUCAACUCAGGGGAACGAGAUGUAUUAAAAGCCAGCACGAUGCUUUUAAUGGAACUUGCAAAUGUUCCUCAAUAUGCCGAUGCCGAGAUUGCGGAAAAUAUUCCAACAAUUAUAGUAGAUGUCAUCGGCAAACAAACCAACACUGAUGUCCUUGUUAUAGCACUUCAAGUUCUCUCCAACAUUGCGGCUUCCAAACCCGAAAACCAAACUGCUGUGGUCAACACGGAGAAUUUAGUAGCCAACGUGGUCAAUCUGUUUAAGCUCUACUACAACAGUAAAUCCAUGAGCAAUGAUCUGACAAAUUCUGUUCAAAACUUUGUAUCGUCAAACACUGCCGCUCAGUGUUCCUUUAUAGAGAAAGGAAUAUGUGGACCUCUGACCAUGAUUCUUACCAAAGUUCGCGUGCGUGAGCUGCAGUUAAAUGCUGUCGAUACUAUUCAUUAUCUUGCCGUAAACAACCCACAGACACAGAAGGUAAUACUAAGCGAACAACUUGACAAAUACCUCAUGCAACUCUUUAGCAAAGGGAGAUCAGAAAAGCUUCAAGAGAAAACAGCCAGUAGCCUUUGGGCAGUUGCAGGAAGCGAUGUCUAUGUCCAACGCAUGAUGGCCACGAGAAUGGGGGUGCCUCUUUUAUUGAGCUUCAUAAAGUCGAUGACUGAGAACCUUCAUUACAUUGGUUCUGAGGCUCUCAGUGUGCUGGCCCAGGGCCCAAUCAGUUACCGAAACGAAAUUGCUCCUCAAGGAACUUUAACCCUUGUCCAACUAUUGCGAACUCAACAGGAAGAUAUUGUCCUCAGUGCCACUCGCACUCUACGUCACCUCUGUGUUGCUACCGGAUUUGUAGCCUAUCACCACAACCAGCUACUAAUUACCCAAACCAAUGGUGCCAAACAGCUCUCGGCAUUGAUGGUCAAUUCUAAAAAUCUCUAUAUCAAAGUGGAAGCGGCUCUAACUCUGGCCUACAUAUCCUUAGGUAAUCUGGCAACCAUGGAGACAGUGAAACGAAAUACAAGCUUCACCUACUCUCACAUCAUGGAUUUAAUACUCUGCGGGGAUAAGAAGGUGCAGCUCACUGCUGGGAUGGCCCUGGCAACAUUCGCAUACAACAGCACGUCGCAGCAGAGGGAAAUGGCAGAGCUGGGUGGCGUCAGACUGUCUUGGUUUCGGGCAUUCCUUGAGUCAGAUGACGAAUACUUUCGUUGCAGCAGUGCAUUUCAGAUAGUUAUCUUAGCCCGGAUCAUUACAGAUGAAGAUAAAGCCAUCACAUCAGCGAUGGGAAUUAGGAUAUUGGUUGAUCUUCUAGAGAAUUCUGUUAAUGAUGCAAUUUUGACACUGGCGGCAGAUUGUGUGGCGCGGCUGACACACACAAGAGCAGGUGUGCCACAAGCCAUAAUUGCCAUAGACGCUGUUGAGUACCUCUGUCAUCUGCUUCUUGUUUCCAAUCAAUGGGUCCAAGGCAAUGCAGCUAUUGCUCUGACCUAUCUCGCAAACUUCCACAAAGCUGAGCGUCAACUCCUUCACAAAUGUCGAAAAAAGCCUCUUCUAAUCAAAAUCCUGCAAACUUACACACAGGAUCGGAAGCUUCCAGAAAGUUUCAUGGAAAAUUGGAAACAUUACAAGAAACUGGGGCUUCCACCAAUUCAUUCCAAAUUAAAGGUGAGUUAUGUUGAAACUGCCUCACCACACCCUGGGAAAACUUGCUACCAGCAACCCGAAGAGGUCACAGACGAGAGCCUCAGCAUCACUAGCAUGACAGAGGGCAGUUCCAGAAGUGCUAUCCACAGUGAUGUACAAAUGGUAACAAUAGACAACAAAUCAGAGUCGUGGAUGUAACUGGAAAUAUAUAUAUGUGUAUAUAUACAUAUGUAUAUGCAUCUGUGUCAUCUGCAUGUGUGUUUGUAUAUAUAUGUAUAUAUAUAUGUAUGUGUUUUAAUAAUAAAUUUUAAUU